UCUGACACAAAUGACAUUUUGUUAGCUGUUUUUGCAUUAUUAUUGUUAAAAAUCUGUGAUAUAGCUUAAUUUAAAAAUAAAAAAUACUUUUUAUUCUAUACAAAAUGAAGUACGCGAUUCCUGAAAUAUCAUGGCACAAUAGGGACCCCGUUUUGAGUGUCGAUUUCCAACCUAAAUGUGCUCCUGGCGAUCCUACAAGGCUUGCUACCGGUGGUACUGAUACUCACGUUCUGAUAUGGUACAUUUCAACAACAGACUCGGGAACAGUGAAUCUAGAAGUGGCAGCAGACUUAUGCCGUCACCAGAAAGCAGUAAAUGUGGUACGGUGGUCUCCAAGCGGGGAAUACCUCGGGUCCGGUGAUGACGAGUCUAUCAUUUUCGUAUGGAAGCAGAAGAAUGAGGAGCCAGCCCCGGCAGAACAAGGAGAGGAACAGUAUAAAGAGACUUGGGUUAUUCAUAAGACACUCAGAGGCCACAUGGAAGAUGUUCUGGACAUCAGCUGGAGUGCCAACUCCCUCAAGCUGGCUUCCGGCUCUAUAGACAACAAGCUGUUGCUGUGGGAUGUUCCCCGGGGCAAGUACACCAACAUCCUGGCUGACCACAAGGGGUUUGUGCAGGGGGUGGCUUGGGACCCUCGAGGACAGUUUGUGGCUACUGCUAGUUCUGACAGAACAUUCCGCACGUUCGACCUGACCAGCAAGAAGGUGCACUCGCGGAGCAGCAAGGCAGUACUUCCCUUCCCGCCCUCGCAUGCACUACAUGGGGUCACAGUGCGUCUGUACCACGACGACACACUGCAGACAUACUACCGGCGUUUAGCCUUCAGUCCUGACGGUCUGUUAAUUGCUGUACCAGCUGGCAAAAUUGAACCGGAACAAGGGAAGCUAGACACCAAGCCUAUGAAUGCUGUUUAUAUCUAUACUAGACAUAGCUUGAAGGUGCCGGCAUGCGUGGUCCCGUGCGGCGAGGCGGCGCUGGUGGCGCGCUGGUCCCCGCGGCGCUACGCCCCGCGGCGCUACGCCCCCCGGCCCUCAGGCCCCGCGGCCGCGCUGGCCGCCGCGCGCCGCAUGCUGCUGGCCGUGGCCACGCGCCGCUCCGUACUGCUCUACGACACGCAGCAGAAGACGCCCAUCGCUAUCAUCUCCAACAUACAUUACACUAGACUAACAGACCUAACAUGGUCCCGCGACGGCCGCACGCUGGUGGCGUCCAGCACGGACGGGUUCUGCUCCGUCAUCAUGUUCUCAGAAGACGAGCUGGGGGAGGUACUCCCUGAAACUGACACCCCGGAAUCAGUAGAUAAUGCCACAGAGCCAAUGGAAGUCCAAACCGAAGAACCGCCGACAGACGCUCCAAAAGAAAAGCAAGAAGAAGCCAAAUCAACAACACCUAAAAUAGACUCCUUCAUCAAAUUCAAGGCUCCUACAGAUAAACCCAACGAGAAAUCUCCCAAGAAGCAAAAGACUGAGAAGACUGAGAAUGUUAAGCAGAAAACCCCUGUAAAACUCGAUGUGUUAGUUGAAACUGCAAUGCCGUCGUGGUCUGACAACUCUAACAGUGAAGUUGUCAAGCCUAAAGAAACGGAAAAACCCAUCGAAUUAAUAGAAAUAGAGGACAGUGAAGACAUUAAGUUGGUUUAUGAAGAUACAUGCAAGAGUCAAUCUCCUAAAGAAACAGACAAUAAAGAAACACCAGAUCAGAAGGCAAAAUCGCCUGAUAAGACCUCGAAACAUACGUCACCAGCAAGAAAACCAGCAUCUCCUAAGCAAGUAACUACUCCCAGUGCGAGGGAGAAUAGCUUCAUGAAGCAAGCUAAAGUGACGGAUGUGAAGCAGCCCGCGGCUCAAGCCGUGCCGAGCCCUAAGGCCCCGCGACGUGUCAACUUCGUCACCCUAUCCAGCCCUAAAAAUAAGAAAAAGUGCUAAUUUACUUUGACGUGAAACUUGUGAAACUGCCAAUGUUUCCAUGAGGUGUGUUAAGAAUGUUAUCUUGUACUGAGUAAGAUAAAGUAUGGUUAGAAAAAUAACUAGUUUUAUACACUUAUCGAUAAUAUAAAAAGUAUUUUAAAUAAGGAUAAAAUUGUUAUAAUAAAUGAAACAAGUAAUAAAAGUAAACAUUUUUAAUAAAUAUUUACAAUUCAA